CGCCUCGCGCAACAGCCAUGCCGGACUCGACCUCAUUUGCCACAUUCGUCAAGCAGCAACGAGAAAAGAAGAAGAAUGAAGAGCUGGCACAAGAGUUCCUAGGGCGCGGGCGCAAAGCCAAUGCAUCGGGUGCCGGCGCGGCUGGCAAGGUUCGAGACACGUCAGAAAAGCCCACAUUACUGAGUCGCAUAAGCGGUGGCGCAGGAGUGCAGAAGCGCUCAUCUUCAGCAAAGCCAGCCGGAAGCAUCGAAGGGAAGUGGCAACACGACCUGCACAAGCUCAACAAUCCCAACGGUCCAGCAGCAAGGGCACGCGGCCCUGGACCUAAUCGCACCACCUCGGCAUCGCAAGUCGAGCGCAACAGCCGCACUUACGACAAAUUCGCGUCUGUUAUCAACCGCAGUACAAACCCAACGGCACGCAACAACGAGGCGCCAGGCUUCAACAUCCGAGGCGUCGCGAAAGGCGGCCCAUACACAGUCAUUGCAAGCAACUUUGCGCCUGGAACAACAGCUGCAGACAUCGAGGCUGUUAUGGCGCCACACGCGGGAGAGACGCUGGGCUGCAGGCUACUUACCGCUGCGCCUACGGUAAUGGUGGAGCUCCAGGUAGUGACAAAGGAGGGCGCCGACAAUGUCAUUGCGACUUUCAAUAAUCAAAAGGCCGACGGCAGAGUUCUGUACGUGUACCUGAAGGAGACACCCGCCAGCAACGCUAGCCUACACUCCCGGCCACCACCUGCUCGUUCUACCCAGCCCUUCGGAGACGAUAUGGACAUCGAUACGAAUGCUGGGGUACGCGGAAGCUACCAGGAUGGACGAUUUGGCUUCAGUGAAGGAGGCCGUAGAGAACCGCCCCGCGGACCACGAAGGCGUUACUAGGAGCCCAAGUAUUAGCAAAACCUUAAUGUACAAUACCCAUUUUA